ACGUGGUCACUAUCCCGGGGGAAACUUACCCCGAAGUGGGACUGAGGAUGGUCGCGGUGGCCCCGCCUCCUUUGCUGUCCAAAGAGCUGUGUUGCGGCACCCAUGUGCCUUCCACGGGGUUCGUUGAAGACUUCUGCGUGACGCUGGUCAAAGGCGCGGGCGGACAGACGCCUAUUAUACACGCGCUCACUGGCGACCGGGCGAAAGAGGCUAGAGAAAUCUUCUGCCACGCACAGAAGUUAGAAGAAGUGAUAGAAUUGGUAGAUCCAGACAGACGGAAGGAGGAAAUGACCAAUAUUAGGAAACGACUGACUGAUCUCUGCGGUACUGGUGGCGCCCCCUAUGGAGAGUACGCGCAAUGUUUGGGGCUGUUGGAAAACUUGCAGAAGAGGGAAGUCAACACGAAUGAUAUGGCGUUACAAGCCGUAGCCGAGGCGGAGUUCCGCGAGGCGUUUGAUUCGGCGCAGGCCGAGGGCCGCCAGUUUGUAGUUCACUUCCUACGCUGCUCCUACCUCAUGCAGGGGACAGGACUGUCAAGGGCGUUGCACGCCACUCCUGCCUCGUCACCUGCGUUGCUGUUAGGAUGUGCUGGGGGAGUUAUAGUAGCUGCUUGUCGUAUGCCACAGGACAAAGUGACGGACACGUUCAACGCGGAGCGCUGGUUGCGCUGCAUCCUGCCGGUGUUCCACGCGGACGUCAAACCCGGGUCCACACCGCUUACGUACGCCGAGAUGACGGCCACUAAGGUGAGCCUAAUCAACUGCGAGCAGCUGGUACAAGACGCCAUGCGUGUCGCCAUCAAAUACGCGCAGGCGCAACUCAGGCCCUCAAGUUACACAGGCCACACCCAAACACGGCAGCAAAACUAAACUAGAGAUUAUGCCGUCCAGAAUGAUACACACUAAUUAUUACGAAGUAUAGAUCGCGCAACGAAAAUUGAGGCGAACGCGGUACUGACAUUGACGUUAUAUUUUAACCGAUUGAGUCCCAGACGGCAUUAAUUAAUGUCAGAACAAUUGAUUAUCUAUUGUGUCUAGAUUCGCGGAGCUUGAAGGAUUAAUGUAUCGAAUCGAAUUCACUUGAUACCUCGCUCUUGCCAAAUUAAUGGGUGCAAGCGAGAAAGCACUUCUCAGUCACCCGUUGUCUUAGAUGAGCGACGGAACGCGACUUGACACGAGACGCAACGCGACGUAUAGAUGACCCACGCUGAACUGUCCCGCCAAACUCAAUGACAGGGGGGCGCUACCAUCGUUCAACUAUAUGGUUUCCAACAUGGCAAAAAUCUGAACCAGCGAUCCGGUAUUGACGGUGGCGCCCCACUGUCAAUGUCAUCGACAGGACAGUCCAGUAUUUUGGAACUAUAAGCGUAAUUCUACCAAUAUUUCACGUGACGUAUGAAAGAUGUCAUGACAUGAGACUACAUUGUUACUAACAAAAAAAAAACUCAAUGAAGAAUGGAAUAAAUAAAUUAUCACCGGGCAAUCUUCAAAUUUCACUGUCCACCGUGUCUCGUUAAACACUCGACAUUGGUGAAACCAGUGUGCUUCAAAUACGCACCAUUGAAGCCAUUAAACAGAAUAAUAAUAAUACAUAAGUCACUAUUUUAUACAACGACAUCGUCGCAUUGCCGCGUUUGUCGUUCACUUAGGACAACGGGUCAGAAGAUUACGCAAGACGACAGAGCAGCUAGCGUUUACUGAUACAUAAACGCAAACAAAUCUUUCUUUGUGUUGAUCGCCUCAACUCUCGCUGGGCGACUUAUAACUCUGUCUCAAGCGUAUCGAGAGAGGGGAGGCAGGUUAAGGCAACUGAACUUGUAAAAUAUUUAAUUGGCAACCACCUAUUAUAUCAGUAAACUUAUUUUAGUUAUGUUUAAACCCCUAAAUUAUAGAAAUUCUGUUUUAUUUAUUUGAACUAGUCGUAUUAAGUUUCGUUCACAAGUAUUAUGUUUAGGAUCAUUUAAAAAAAAAAAACUGCUUACUUUUCGAUCUGGGAAGUGCAGUAUUUUAUAUUAUUUUUUAAUUAUUGAAUUAAAAUGUGGAAAGUUGAAUCUUUGAACUUAUGAGCAUCAAAUUAUUGAAUUAUUAUGCCGUUAGUAUUGAAAAUACAAACAGUCUUCCGAUAUGUUAUUGUAAAUACGAGUAUCAAAAUUUAAUGAGAAUACAUUUGAUCAUUUUUA